CGACUGACGGGACAACGGGUCGCGGAACGAUCGCAGGACGAGCGCCAGGCAGCGCGGUGUUGUGUCGCCUUUCGUCCGUCGUCGCUUCGUGUUGUGUGUGUGCUUUUCCAUCGCCCAGCAGCAGCCGCUGAGUUACCUCUUCUCUGGUUUGUAAUCGAAUUCGUGCUGGAAAAGCCUGAAAACGUUCCUUUUUUCUGGAAAUUUAAUCGCGGGCGGACGGUUCGAGAGUGUCGGGUUCCGCGGUUUGCGAGAUUGCGAAUUUGGUGCGCGAAAAUAGUGCUUUGUUUUGCGAUUGAAAGUGGAGCCUUCCUCCGGAAGUGUGUUUGUGAGGAUUGUGUGUGGAAUAUCAUCGCUUCUGAACUGUUUGGUUCAAGCCGGAUUUAAGCCAUUUGGAGGAUCCUUGGUUGGUGUGGAGUAGCGAGGUGGCAAUCGGGUGCCACGCCAGCACGAGUGUACAGCGGAUCCUAACUGUGGUGGGAUCACAGAACGCGCCGGAGAAGCAAUUCUCACCCCAAAGCUACCCUUCAAGAUGGAUGCUCUGCCGGAUUCGGUCCAAAUUAGUAAAAAUCGUUCGCUGAUUGUGAUUCGUAGCUAGCUGCUUAUUGUGCCGCAACCAAAGGAACGGAGAUCCUUUCUGGGUGUGCUUAGAGAACGUGGGAGCGUAGUGCCAGUUAUCAAUUAUUAGUUUGUGUCCUCCAACAACCACUAGUAGCGGUAUAACGUGCGCUGGUCGGGUCCUUCCAAGCAAAGGAGAUAACGCCAGGAGAAGUUUCGACAGUUCACACAGCUGUUGAGAGUCCUACUUCAACCAGUUGCUGGAGCAUUUGUCGGAACGAUCGUAUCCGGAAGCCCUCGCAACGUGCACAUAUAGUAAUAGAAAAUAGUGACGAUUAGUGUCAUAGAACGCCAGAAGUCAACGGUGUGUACAAUUGAGCGCAAAGUAGCAUUUGCGUGGACACGAUGGUCAAAGAAAAACCCAAUUCAACUCGAAUCUACGAUAAGGACGGAUACCGACGACGAGCGGCUUGCAUCUGUGUGCGGUCCGAGGCGGAGGCAGAGGUAUUACUAGUUACAUCAUCAAGACGUCCUGAGCUAUGGAUAGUUCCUGGCGGUGGAGUCGAACCGGACGAAGAGUCCUCGCUGACAGCAACUCGCGAAGUCUUGGAAGAAGCCGGUGUCAUUGGCCAGCUGGGUAGAUGCUUAGGAAUUUUUGAAAAUAGUGAACACAUGCACCGAACCGAGGUGUUCGUCAUGGUGGUCACUCAGGAGUUAGACGAAUGGGAAGAUUCGAAAACCAUUGGCCGCAAACGACAGUGGUUCACCAUCGAGGAAGCUCUCACGCAGCUGGCCCUGCACAAGCCAACCCAGCGUCACUAUCUCCUGCAGUUGCGCCAUUCGAAAAAUAAUUCGUCGCUGUCCGAAAACUGCAUACACGUGGUAACGGACGAAGCGGAUGAUGAGCUCGAAGGGGAACCGACUAGUGCGAUGAGAAAAAUCAACGAAAAUAGGACGACAUCACCACCACCUUCCUCCCUUCCAUCGGCAGAAGAUGAAGAGCCGACAUCUGCCGAGAGGGAAGAUCCACCAGCCGCCGACACUGACGAUCCAUCGGAAACGACUUCCUAAACCGACUACACAAUGCUUUCUCUUUCGAAUAACGUGGUUGAAACCUUGGUUGAAACUUAGUUGUUUUUCGUUGUUUGUCUUGGACAAGAGACGCUAACAUUAUUGUGGGCGAGCCUCCUUUGAUCGUUUCCGUUUUCUAGUUGUUGCCUUCACAUCUGCGCCUACUAUUUCUAAGCGUUAGAACACAACCUUCACCACCUAGCACGCCGCCAACUGGGAUGGACUCCACACAAAUUGUACAUUAUUGCACGACUUUACAAUCACUCAGUGGAAAUGCUUUUGGAAAACUUUUCGAGUAAUUCUCCUAGUACGAGAUCUACGCUCCAACCAUAGUGGAAAAAAUCUAUUUAAUUUUAUACGGUUUAUAACUUGAAACCUGGAUACUUAGAUCGCUACUACUCAUUAUCAACCCAUUUCGAGCCGCAUCCACUUAUGUUUCGCUUUGGCGCUUAUUCCAUUUUUAAUUGAUCUUGCACGCUGUGUACGGUAGAUAUGCGAUGCUGCUGUCGAUUAUCUGAUGAAAAAGUGGGAAAUAAUAAACUAUUACUAGACAGCAACGUAUAGGCAAAAGUGAGGAAAUUUUAAGAAAUAUUUGAUUUAUACAGCAACUAUUUAAAGAAGAAAAUGCAAGAAAAUAACUUAAGAAUUAAAAAUAACAAAACCUAAUAAUAACAAGAAGGAUACGAGUGACGUAAAAUGCAACAAACCAUCCUAAACAAUAUAUAACAAGGUGAUCUUUCUUCAGCGAAUCUUGCUAAUAUAGAUCACGGAAAAUGCAGCAUGAAACAAAAUUACUAAAUCUAAAAGUAAAGUCAGUUGAAAUUGCUUUUGGGUCAUUUCAGAUUGAAUCGACAAGUUGAUUGGCAUGUGACAUUUUAAUUAUUGCUUCCUAAAAUGUAUAGGUAGCAAACAUGGGAAAGACUCAAUCUAUUAUUGCGUCUCUCCUACCCUAUCAGAAGCGAGUUCGCCUCUUCUCCAGUUAAGUCAUUUUUUCCACUUCUAUAGGGUUUUGCAUAGAAAUUUAACCUCCAUUUUC